AUGCGAGUCAAGAAGGUUGCUCGUGCCGCCUAUGACUUUGACGGUACAAACGAAGGAGAAUUGAGCAAUGUCAAAGAAGGUGAUUUCCUGCUCAUUCUGGACGAUGGAACCGACGACGAUUGGGUCACUGCUAGGCAUCGAUCCCAGGACGCAUUCUCGGACUCAUCCACAGGCUUGCUUCCCUCAAAUUAUGUCGAAGAUGCUCAACCCGUCGUUACAUGGAAGUCAAUAUAUGAUUAUCAGGCUAGAACAGAAGACGAAAUAUCCUUCCCGGAAGCCGCUACUAUAGAGAUAUUCGAACGAAAUGAUCCUGAGUGGUGGCUCGCAAGAUAUCACGAUGAAGUCGGUCUUGUUCCUGCCACCUAUGUCUCAGAGGACGGAAAUCCUGAGCCUGAAGACGAAUAUGGCGUAGAAGCAGAUUACGUGCCAGAAGAAGAGGAAGAACAAGGGCAAGACGAGCCUGAAGUUGAUCGAACGCAAGAAGCGGCUGCUCAAAGAGCUGCGUUCUUGACCGCUAUUGAGCCACUAGGCCCUCCAAAAGCACCAGGAGGUUCGAAAAGCACACCAAAAGCUGCAAGACCACCCCCAACUCCUCCGGCUGAGACAGGGCCAGCACUCAUGUAUUAUCCCGUCACGGUGGACGAGAAGAAGAUCAAGAAAAAACGUAAUGGUCUGGUCGGAUUGGAUACAGAUACCCUAUACUUUGUCACUGAGAAGGACAAGGGUGUCUUGAACAAAUGGUCAUUAAAGGAGGUGCUCAAGACAGCAUUGAAGGGAAAGAGAUUGACAGUCGACUUUGACGGCGAAUCCAUCGUCAUUGAAGGCGACAAGUUGGAGCUACAGACAAUCAACAAGAAGCUAGAAGACUUCAAUCGUGCUAGCAAGAUAUCACGACCCAUGCAUGUAACAUUAAUGGACUCGGGUGGACAUGGUCCACCAAUUAUGGAUUUGCCAUCACGACCAACAGGUUCUGGUCCUAAAAUGGCUGUAGCUUUAUAUGAUUACACUGCUCAGACAGAUGAAGAACUGGACAUUCAAGAGAACGAUAAUCUCAUGGUACUAGAUGACUCUGAUCCAGAAUGGAUUAAGGUUAGAAUCAUAAGUAAAGGCGGUAGAGCUGGAGAAGGUCUUGUGCCAUUCAACUACAUUGAGAGCAAACAACGAUCAGACGAUGGUGCAGGAUCGAUGCCAACCCCACCAACCAUGCCCAUUGGAUUACCUGCACGGCCUCAAGUAUCACCUCCAACUCGACCUGCUAUGCCUCAACGCCCUCGAAUGGAGGCCCCAGCUGCAGCUCCUCCUCCAGCCAUGGCUCCACGUCCUGCUGCACGACCUGGCGCCAAAUCAAUUGAUGAUUCAACAGAUAAACCCAAUCCUGGUAACGUCAGAUCAUGGACAGACAAGACUGGUAGCUUCAAAGUCGAAGCUGAAUUCUUAUCUGUCAUUGACGGAAAAGUCCAGCUGCACAAAGUCAACGGAGUCAAGAUUGCAGUACCACUGGAAAAGUUAGAUUCUAAAGAUAUAGCAUUUAUACAAACUAUGACUGGCGAAGAAGUCAGUGUCCCAUCAGGUGACGCUCCACCUUUACCACCCCGAGGAACCUCUGUAAAUCCCAUAUAUAAUCCAUCUGCCGGUCCAUCUUCAGGACCUAGAUUACCACCUCGUGGUGGUGACGCCUCAAACGGCCCAUCUAUGGUACCAUCCUCCAGCUCCUCCACCUAUGGUCGUGAUUCUCCUAGUCCGGCAAUGGGACCUGGAGCUAGUUACUCUUAUAAUGGAUUCAAUUGGAGAAAUUUCUUGGUACAAGCUGGUAUUGGAUUAGGGGAUUCAGAAAAGUAUGCUGCACGAUUUGUAUCCGAGAGAUUGGACAAGUCCAUCUUGCAGGAUGUAGAUCGUGAGACCUUCAAAGCUUUAGGAGUCACUGAAGGUGAUAUCAUACGUAUACGAAAGCACGCACCAUUGUCGUCAGAAGCCUCUGUGCGAGAAAACAAGAUCUUGUCGAAGGAGGAUGCUGCAUUUGCUAGACGGCUUGCUGAUGAUGAAUCUCGCCAAAAGCCAAUGGAUCCAAAGAAACGAGCCGAAUUGGAAAAGGCUGAUGAAGAGUUUGCUCGAAAAUUGCAAGCUCAGGAGAUGGGUGUACCUAUGAGUGCUUUGGACUCUGGGUUCAAGAGGAAUACACCUGCUUCUCCAGCCAGCAACCAUUUCAACCCAUCGUUUAAUAUUCCACAACCAUCAGCAGUCUCCAUUGCUCCUGUUGGAGCACCACGUCGAGUAUCUGAAAACAAACCGAGUAAUGUUGUGGAUGAAGCCAAGAUAUUGGCAGCAUCCAAAGUAUUAUCCACGACCGUCGACCCAUCAACUGUCAAGAAGAGCACAGCAGUCGCGCUCAGAUCAAAGGGCGACGAAGACCUUUCAUGGACUGAACAAGUAGCAAUUCAACAAUCACUCAAGGAUUCAGAGCUCCAAAAGAAACUCGAUGAGGCUAAAUCCGACGAUGCUAGAUAUAGAGCCGAGCAAAAGAGCAAACCAACCUCCCGCAAAUAUCUGACCGAUACAUCCAAUAUCGAAUUCAACCCCUCAACUGGUCUAAGCGGUACAGGCCUCACGAAUUCCAGGUUGCUGACUGGAUCCACCAAUUACGGUACCGAUAUGAACCUGCCUACCAUGAAUACCAGCAGCACCAGUAGUAGCAGCAGUGGCUUUGGAAGCUCUGGUAUGAGUAAUAUGGGCAAUAUGGGCACAUCAUAUGGUGGAAACGCUAGUCUGAUGGCUGGUGGAUUUGAAGGUCGAGCUGGUACUUUAGGAGGAAACUCAUAUGGAGCUCCACCACCUAUGCCUCCGCUAUCAACGAAACCUACUGGGUUACAAGCUCCAUUAAUUGCUACUCCCUCGAGUGCCCUAGUACUAGGUGGCACGAAUUUCGGAAGUAGUAAUUUUGGAACAACAGGAAUGGGAGGAUUUGAUUCGAGUAUGGGAAUGGGCUCGAAUUUUGGGAUGGGAUCCACUAUGGGAUCUGGAAUGUCUAGUCUGAGUACUGGACCCAUGGGAAACAAUGCGUCUUUGGACAAGUACGCAGCACUACUCAGUGUCGUUGAUCCAGGCUCUUUCAGCUCUGGACUCUCUGGAGGUCCACCUGCCACAAAUUUGAUUCCUCCCAGUCUCAGCAACCUCAACACUCCCGUAUUCGCCACAUCAUCAUCCACCACUAUGGGAACUAUCGGUCCUGGUGGCAUCAGCAGUUUCACCAAUACCAAUCCAGGCUCGUAUAAUGUGGGAAUGAACCCCAACAUGGGCAUGAACACCACUAUGGGAAUGAACCCAAACAUGGGCAUGAAUAGUAAUAUGGGCAUGAGCAGCAAUAUGGGUAUGAACAACCCAAACAUGGGGAUGAAUCCCACUAUGGGAAUGACACCCAAUAUGGGCAUGAAUACCAACAUGGGGAUGAACUCCAAUAUGGGAAUGAAUCCUGGUAUGGGGAUGAAUCCAGGAAUGGGAAACAUGGGGAUGAAUACCAACAAUAUGGGAAUGAAUCCUAAUAUGGGUGGCAUGAAUCCCAUGGGAAUGAACCCGAAUAUGGGGAUGAAUAAUAAUAUGACUGGGUUUGGUGGAAUGGCUGGACAGCCUGGAUUCAACAAUCCCAAUGUUAGACCUAAUCAAUAUGGGUAUUGA